UCAAAAAUUUUAAUCAAAUUUAAUUUAAAGUAUAUAAAUUAUUUUUUAAAAGUUUAUACCUAAAUGAAUAUGGACUCAAAAAAUUCAUGGAUUUGUCCCAAUGAUCGUGAAUUAACACUGAGAGCCAGAUUAGAGACGGGAUGGUCAGUAAAAGGAAAUCAAAUUCAAAAUAUUAGCCCAAAAAAUGAUACAAUUAAUGAUUCCGAACAAAAAGUCAUUAUUAGAGUCAUUGAAAAGGCUAAACAAAUGGAAAGACAGGAAAAAGACAGGAUUUCCCGAAUGUUGGAUCGAUUAAAUAAUAUGAAAAGAAAUGCCAGAGGAGAUGGCAAACAUACCUGUGUUUUAUGUAGCGAUCAAUUUGGUCUUUUUGGUGCUCAGGGACGUCAAUGUAAAGAUUGUCUCAAAUCGGUCUGUAAUAAGUGUGGUGUCGACACAUUGACGGCAGACAAUGAACCACUUUGGCUGUGCAAACUGUGCUCAGAGACACGAGAAUUAUGGAAAAAGUCAGGUGCUUGGUUUUCAAAUGUUAUGCCACUUGGGUCAGCCCGUAGUUCACAUACACCAAGUAUACCAUCGAUUAAUUCUCCAAUUAAUGAUACCAAUGGCGAUAAUGUCGAUAACGUUUCGCAGACAUCUAGUCUACACUCGACAUCACCUGUGCUAAGACGUAAACCCCGAUCUCCCAGUCCUAUGAGUAAUAGGAACCGUUCGCCACAUAUUGUCGAUUACAGUAUGAUGUUUGACGGCGAAAAAGUCAACAAUUUUUAUGAUCAUAUAAGUCAAGAGGAAUAUGCAAACCUCUCAACAAAACAAACUUAUCUUUACUCAGAUAUGGACUAUAAAGAUGCCAAACAAUGA